UCUAUUGUAUAGCAAUAGUUACGAUUUCCGAGAAGUCUCAGCUUGGUGCUUCGGAGAUAAGUUUCGACAGUUUGGGAUUAUCCUCCCAAUCGCCAGAUUGAUUUUACUCACAAGCGACCCGGCGAUUGAGGAGAUAUAUCAGCCCUUCCCUCCCUCUCACUGUAUCACACAGCUUUCUCUACUCAAGAGCAUCUUCGUGAGCAUAAGUCACCAUCUCUCAAACAGUCAAACUUGCACUCCAAGCCGCUCUUCAACUCUACCCUCAAGACACCAAAUAUGCCACCUCUUAAGUCUAUCGACCUGCCACCUUACAAGGAAGGAUUUGGCACCAUCUUUCUCAAAUCCCAAUUCUGCGGAAAGCCCAAAUGGGCACCUAAGACCACAGACCUCUCCGGGAAAGUCGCCAUCAUCACAGGAGCCAACACCGGCCUCGGCUUCCACAGUUCCCGCCAACUUCUCUCCUUCAAGUUGGCACAUCUCAUCGUGGCCGUACGCUCCGUCACUAAAGGAGAAGAAGCUGCCUCCAAGCUCCGCAAGCAAUACCCCAAAGCCAAGAUCGAAGUCUGGGAGCUGGAAAUGGGAUCAUAUGAAUCGAUCCAAAGCUUCGCGCGACGAGCUGCUGCUUUGCCAAGACUGGAUAUUGCCAUCCUCAACGCGGGGCUCGCAAGGAUGGAGUUUGUAACCAAUGCUAAGACAGGACAUGAAGAAGUGAUGCAGAUUAACUACCUGUCCACUAUGCUCCUCGCUAUUCUCUUGCUGCCGACUCUGAAGGCCAAGUCGACUGCUGGUCGUCUGACGAUCGUCAACUCUGGGACGAGUUAUCGGGCAACAUUCUUGAAUCGAAACGAGAUUCCACUUUUACCUUCCUUCGAUAAGGUCGAGGGAUUUGUCCCAGAUCAGAGAUACGCGUGCUCGAAACUGUUGGGACAUUUGUUCUUCGUGAGGCUGGUGGACUAUAUCAGUGCCGAUGAUGUUGUUGUGAAUCUUGUGGAUCCUGGACUUUGCAAAGGCUCGGGUCUUAAUCGGGAGGCGCAAGGUGUAUUUGGAGUAGUUGUAGCAAUUGGUGAAAGGCUCUUGGGGAGAAAUUUGGAAGUUGGGGCUUCAACUUAUGUUGAUGCUGCAAUCCUGAAGGGACAGGAGUCCCAUGGAUGCUUUGUGAUGGAUUGGGAUAUCAAGCCAUUUGCGAACAUGGUAUAUGAGUCUGAAGGGCAACCUGUGAUUGACAGACUUUGGGACGAGACGUUGAAAGAGUUGGAUUUUGCUGGUGUUAGAGGGAUUCUGGAAGAUAUGAGAAAUCGAAAGUAGGGCAGAGAAGGAACAAUAUGAGCUUGUGGAAGUGGACGGAGGGUGUAGAUGCGAGAAACACUUGCAGUGACAAUGCACAAGAAGUGAGAUAUAUUACGAAGAACUGCACUGAUGAUGCGAAUGAAAGAACAUAUCAUCU